CUCCAGGUCCUCCUCCCGCAGCCCGCGGGUGGAGGCCACGCUGAAGCCGGUGGGGCGGGAGCGCGGGGAAGCCAUCUCCGCGGCCCGCGCACUCCCCCGGGACUGGCACCUCGCUCCGUGGGUGGGGCACAGGGCCCUGCAGGGGAAAGUGAAGUGAUGAAGCACAUGUGAUUUGGAGACGGAAGCCAGAAACUCCUCUGCCUUGCCGCGUGCCAGCUCUGUGAUCCCGGGCAAGACCGUUUACAGACAUUCCCGGGCCUUGGUCCUGUUGUAUGGAACCGCGUGGCACAGUCCUCAGCAGACAAGGAAAUGAGAAAAGUACCAAACAAUGGGAACCUGAGGGUGACGAAGGUGGCGUACCCGCUGGGGCUGUUCGUGUGCCUGUUCAUCUACGUCGCCUACAUCAAGUGGCACUGGGCCUCCGCCACCCAGGCCUUCCUCGGCAUCCCCGAGGUGGCCACGGGGGCCCGGAGGGGCCAGCAGUCCCGCGGUCCCCCGGGGACAGCUGCCCGCGGGCCUGAGGUCUUCUACGGCAUCAUGUUCGACGCGGGAAGCACUGGCACCCGAGUGCACGUCUUCCAGUUCAGCCGGCAGCCUGGAGAAACUCCCACCUUGACCCAUGAAACCUUCAAAGCACUGAAGCCAGGUCUUUCUGCUUAUGCUGAUGACGUUGAUAAGAGCACCCCGGGAAUUCAGGAGUUACUGGACAUUGCUAAACAGGACAUACCCUUUGAAUUCUGGAAGGCCACCCCCUUGGUUCUCAAGGCCACAGCUGGUUUGCGUCUGUUACCAGGAGAAAAGGCUCAGAAGUUACUGCAAAAGGUGAAAGAAGUGUUUGAGGCGUCGCCGUUCCUCGUAGGGGACGACUGUGUUUCCAUCAUGAACGGGACGGACGAAGGUGUCUCCGCGUGGAUCACCGUGAACUUCCUAACAGGCAGUCUGAAGACCCCCGGGAGGAGCAGCGUGGGCAUGCUGGACCUGGGCGGAGGGUCCACCCAGAUCACCUUCCUCCCGAGAUUCGAGGGCACCCUUCAGACCUCCCCGCCCGGCUUCCUCACGUCCCUCCAGAUGUUUAAUAGGACCUACAGGCUCUACUCCUACAGCUACCUGGGGCUCGGCUUGAUGUCGGCGCGGCUGGCGGUUCUAGGCGGCGAGGAGGGAAAGCCUGCUGAGGAUGGAGCAGAGUUGGUCAGCCCUUGUUUGUCUCCCGGUUUUCGAGGAGAGUGGGAACACGCUGAAGUAACGUACAGGGUGUCAGGACAGGAGGCAGCGGGGAGCCUCUACCAGCUGUGCGCCCGCCGAGUGUCCGAGAUCCUCCGAAACAAAGUACACAGGACGGAGGAAGUGAAGGACGUGGAUUUUUAUGCCUUUUCCUACUAUUAUGACCUUGCCGCAAAUGUGGGCCUCAUAGAUGCAGAGAAGGGAGGCAGCCUUGUGGUCGGAGACUUUGAGACUGCGGCCAAGUACGUGUGCCGGACGGCAGAGACCCAGCCGCCGCGUAGCCCCUUCCUGUGCCUGGAUCUCAUCUACGUCAGCUCGCUGCUCCACGGACUCGGCUUCCCGGGGGACAAAGUGCUGAAGUUGACCCGGAAGAUUGACAACGUGGAGACCAGCUGGGCUCUGGGGGCCACUUUUCAUUACAUCGACUCCCUGAGCCGACAGAAGAGCCCCACCUUGUAGCACCCCAGCUGCCAGCCAUCCCCGUAGAAGCACUGUCUCUGCGAGAACAGGCCCCUUUGGGACCCCCAGUGUGCAGGGAGGGGGUCAUGGCACAGGCUGAGGCCCUCCUCCCCGUGACCUCACAGACCGGCCCCUGGACGUGCUGGAACACGGCCCAGGACUUGUUUCCCGGUGGCCAGUGACCAGACAGGGUAAGGGGCACAGGCUGAGGCCAGGGUGGCACAGCCGCUGUCCCCACCGUCCCAUCGCAGGGCUGGGGCGGCUGUGACACACGUCCGGUGACGGGAGUCUUGUUUUGUCCCACUGCCCCCAGCGGGAGCCCCCUGGGCUGGUGGGCCAGGCAUCUCCUCCGUGGGUGUAGACUGUGACGUCAUCCAGAAGCUGCUUCCUUGGGUCCUCGGGUGGCUCAGGGUUAGCUGGCGGGUUGGCGCUGAGACUGGAAAGAGGGGCUGGAGGAAAUGCCUCUUUGUGGCCCGUGUGCCCUGGCUUCUCGAAGCGGUCUAAACAUGAGCGUGAGCUGCUGUGUCUGUGAGUGAGUGAUGUCUGUGUGGUGCUGCGUGCUCGUGUAGCAGCUGUGUUCUGAGCCCAGUGGAUGUAUCGCUGCCCUGAGCCAUUUGCAGCCCAGCGGUGUCAGUCGGGCUGGAGCCCCAGAUGCGCCCUCUCACGGCCCGUCCCCGCAGGCUCGCAGGAUGCUGGCUGAGCUGUGCACAGGAUGCUACGUGUCCCAGGCCCGCAGCCGUUCCUGCGGCAUAUGCACUGUUCACGGAAUAAGCUGAACCUCAUGUGUUCCACUUGAAAUAAAGGGUUUUCCAGGGUU